AUGGCGAAGCUUCAUCUGUCGGCCGUGUUGUGGGCAUGGAUCAUGGUCCUUGUUCAGUUCACAUCGCCUGUACGUGGCGGUUCCUCGCCUCCGUCUGCUGAGGGGACUCCGCGGGCCGCCUUGGUAACCCUCGCCCACGACUACGACCUCGACGCCAUGCUCUUCACCAUGCAGCAACUCGAAGAAAAGUUCAACAACCGAUACCAGUACCAGUGGAUCUUCUUCAGCACCGAAAUGCUCGGUGACGACUUCAAGGAACUCACGUCCAACGCUACCAAUGCCACUUGCAUCUACGAAGUCAUCCCCAACGAGAACUGGGUCAUUCCCGGAUGGACCGAUCCAUCUCAGGUUCCGAACUCGCAGGAGAACAACAUGGAAAACGGUGCCGAAACAAGGAAGCCGAUUGCCAGCACCCGCCAGAUGAAUCGCUGGAACUCGGCCCCGUUUGCCAAAGAGAGACGUCUUCGUGACUACGACUGGUUCUGGAGAAUUGAGCCCGGCGCCCAACUGACCCAGGACAUCCCCUUUGACGUUUUCCGUUUCAUGCGAGACAAUGGCAUCGCCUACGGAUUCAACCCGGCCAUCUUCCAACGCACCAACCUACGAGACAUCUCCCCUCGGAUCAAGUCAUUUGUCGACAAAUACCCGGAUCUUCUGCACGAAGAUGCCGACAUGUCGUGUCUUCUGGGUAAUAAGUCGGACCCAGCGAUGCGACCUUGUGAUUCGGAUGACGACAUUGACGACCUUCUAGAGGAUGAGGACAAGAACUCUGAAGCGUCACGGAAUGGCGAAGUCGAUGAGGGCGCUUCAUCGUUCAGUGUGUGCUUUGCUUCUUGGAUGACUGAAAUCUCUGGAAGCAACCUUUACCCGACGUUUGAGAUUGGAUCUCUGGCAUUCUUCCGCAGCGAGAAUCACAUCGCCUUUGUUGACCAUCUCGGCAGUGAGAGCAACUUGGGGCAUCACCAAGUUGGCGAUGUUUCACUCGGCUCCCUGAGCGCUAGCUUGAUGUUGCCCAAGCAGAGUGUCUGGAACUUUCGCAAUCACCUCGGGCAUGGACCAAGCCCGGCCCAAGCGACUCCAUACCCCGAGAGUAGCGCCAACGCCAACAUUGACUCGGUCAGCUGGAUGGUCUGGAGCUACGAUCCCAUGGAGGCAAAGACGGCAUUGCUUGCCGAUUGGGAAGUGAUUAUUCAAGACUUGAUGCAGCAGGCAGAGAAGCCUGGAUUGAAGUCAGGUCGCACGACAGUGCUUGAUGAGGGAAACCUGGUGGCUCGUCUACGGUAUGGACUACUCAUAUGCAUUGAGGUGACGAUUUGA